AUGGCUGGUGAAUGUGAUCCUUUUUCACUUGAUGAGGUUCCUACAAUUGUAUUUUACGGGAAAGGGAAAACUGGAGUUGAUGUGACCCUUGUCCUAUCAGAAGAAGCAUUAGCUGCUCUGAAUGAUGACUGUUCUGAUGUAGAAGAUGAUGGAGAUUCAGUUUAUGAAGAGGUUGAUAUGUCAACAUCAAAUGAUGAUGAAGUAGCAUUAGAAAAGAAAAAUUCCUCAAAAGACUUAUUUGUGCCUUAA